AUGCUAGCAUCUGGCCUUUUCGCAUCUGCUAUAGCAUUCUUUUCUCCUCUGGCUUCUGCCGCAUUCGGUCUUACCAGCGAUGGCAAUAGCUUUGUCGUCGAUGCUGGCUCGUACAACUCGCUCGUCGUGACUGUCGACAGAAAGAGUUGCGACAUUACCUCCGUUCUCUAUCGUGGCGAAGAGCUGCAAUACAAAAGUAAAGGCUCCCAUAUCAGCUCAGGCCUUGGAUCCGCAACUGUAUCUGGAGAGGUUGCCGCCAGCCAAUAUGCAAAGAUUACUUGCAAGACCUCCACUUUGACCCACUACAUAGUCAUCAGGAGUGGUGAUAGUUCUAUCCAUAUGGCAACCCACACCACUGCAGAGCCCACCAUUGGCGAACUUCGGUUCAUUGCUCGUCUCAACUCCAAAACACUGCCACUGGAAUAUCCGUUCGGAGCCGCUUCAACUAUCGCUGGCAGUACCUCCGCUGUCGAGGGCUCUGACGUUUAUCUCGUCAAUGGCGAGACCCGAAGCAAGUUCUACUCGAGUCAGCGCUUCAUUGAUGACAAGGUUCAUUGUGUCUACCGCGAUGGCUCUGAUCCUAUUCACGCUUGUAUGGUUCUGCAAGAUCCUGCAUACGAGGCUUCAAGUGGUGGACCUUUCCACAGAGACAUCAACUCCAACAACGUUGGUGACUACACAGGCCUUUACUUCUAUAUGAACUCUGGUCAUGUGCAGACUGAGCCUUUUCGCCAAGGCCCCCAUGGUCCUUAUACGAUCGCGUUUAGUCGCUCUGGUAUACCCGCUGCUAGCCAGGCUGACACAUCCUUCUUUUCAAGCUUGGGCGUCACAGGCUACGUAGCUGAUUCCGGUCGUGGUCAUGUCUCCGGUACGGCUUCUGGUAUUGGGGGCUCCUUCCAAAAAGUCAUCCACUGGCACAACACAAACAACCAGUACUGGGAAUAUGCCGAUUCCUCUGGCAAGUUUACAUCUCCAGCCAUGCGACCCGGAACAUAUACUAUGAUCUUGUAUCAGACUGAGUUCAAGGUGGCCGAGACUAGCGUGACUGUGACUGCCGGUUCCACGGCAAGCAAGAACAUUGCAUCUGGAGUAGCUACGCGCAAGACUAUCUGGGCAAUUGGUGACUGGGAUGGUCAACCUACUGGUUUUCGCAAUGCUGAUAAGCAACUCCGCAUGCAUCCAUCGGAUAAGAGGAUGUCCAGCUGGGGCCCGCUUACUUAUACACUCGGAACCAGCAAACUGACCGACGUUCCCAUGGCGCUGUGGAAAGGUGUCAAUGAUCCACUGACAAUCAAGUUCACGCUGUCGGCAGCUCAGGCUGGUGCUGCAACCCUGCGCAUUGGAACCACAUUAAGCUUUGCAGGUGCCAGACCUCAGGCCAAAAUCAACAACUACAGUGCCGCUGUUCCUGCUGCCCCUACAAAGCUCGACUCUCGCGGAGUUACCAGAGGAGCAUAUCGCGGCUAUGGUGAAGUUUACGAUGUCAAGAUUCCUGCUGGUACUCUGGUUGCGGGAGCAAACACCAUUACCAUUACUGUCGCAUCAGGUUCGAGUGGUGCCAUGUACUUGGCCCCAAACAUUAUUCUGGACGCCAUCGAACUCUUCCAGUAA